CGUCGUAUGAUAAACUGGUGCAAAAUUGGUGCUUGGAAAACCUCAUUACUGGCGCAGCCACCGCUGCACUCCCCUCUUCUAGCUCAACCACCUAUUAUUCUCUCACCAUUUCUGCAAAUGGAACCGCCCGAGCCCCUGCAGAAUGACCAAAUCGCCCCCUCAAUGUCGAAGAACGCUCAGAAGCGUCUUCUCAAGCAGCAGAGAUUCGAGGCGAAGAAGGCGGAGAAGAAGGCGCAGAUGAAAGAACACAAGAAGCGGGAGGCGGAGCGCAAGCGGACGGAGUGGGCGGAGAAAUUGGCGAGCCUCGACGAAGAGGAGAGGGAAAAGCUAAUCGAGCAAAGGAAGGGGAUGAGGAGGGAACGCAUGGAGAAGCGCUCGGAGGAGAAGGGGCAGAAACUCGAGCGGCUACAGCAAGCGAGGGCUAAUGGUCAGAAUGUGGUUAUUGAUCUCGAGUUCGCUCACCUCAUGACAUCUACUGAACUCAGCAGCCUCGUUCAGCAGAUUAUGUAUUGCUAUGCAUUAAAUGGAAGAUGCCCCAUGCCAGCCCAUAUAUGGCUGACUGGCUGCAAAGGAGAAAUGCAAGACCAACUUACGCGGAUCCCAGGAUAUGAUAGAUGGUUAAUUGAGAAGGAGGAUAAAUCCUACAUAGAAUCCUUUAAAGAUCAGAAAGAAAAUUUGGUGUAUCUCACAGCUGAUUCUGAGAAUGUUCUGGAUGUACUUGAUCCGAAAGCAAUUUACAUCAUUGGUGGUUUGGUGGAUAGGAAUCGCUGGAAAGGCCUUACCAUGAAUAAAGCAAAUGAGCAAGGGAUUAAAACAGCGAAAUUGCCAAUUGGAUCUUACCUGAAGAUGUCCAGUUCUCAGGUCCUUACUGUGAAUCAAGUGGUGGAGAUACUUCUCAAGUUUUUGGAAUCAGGAGACUGGAAGCAUUCAUUUUUUGAGGUGAUUCCUCUGAGGAAGAGAGGCGAAGCUGGAACAGAGGGCAAUGCAGAAGAGGGCGAAGGAAAGGAUGAGGAUGAAACGGAAGCUGGAGCAGAUGAUGAAGACAGUAUAGGGAUGGAUGAUCAAAAGGCAAAAAGGCCGUGUAUUAGCGCAGAGAUUAAAGCUUGAAUAUUUCAACCGAGAGACCAAGCGAAAUUUUGUGAAUGGUUUAUUGGGCAUGACUGAUAGAUUUUGGUCCUUGAUUCUGAUGAACAACUGAUUGUAUUAUUGGCAUUAGCAGUGACAUUGAAGUUGCUCCA